AUGCGAAGUCUCAAUCGCGUAGGCCAUGAAAGUAACGUUAAAAGCGAUAAAACACGAAAACCUGUAAAGAACUCCAUUCUCCUCUACUUGAAGUGUCAUUUGUUGUUACUUAAAUAUUUGGGUCUAUUACCGUUCUAUACCACGCUUGGUGCCUAUGAGAUUGGCAUGCCAACCCAACGUUCGAUAUAUAUAUAUAGAGCCGUACUUUUGGCUAAAUUUGCGUUGAACAUUUCGCACAUCAAUGCCGUUCUGUCACCCAUAAUACUGCAGCUACUGUUUACAAGAAGCAAUACGGACGGUAUUACCAACUUGUUGGACGUGGCCUUUUGUAYGCUCAGCGAUAUCACAAUAACGUGGACCUGUGCCACUAGUACCACGGAAAUCCUGCUGAUAAUCAAAAGCUUCUUGAGAGUGGACGAGCUACUCAGACAACAUCCAGAUUCGCCAGCUGAACGAAGCUGUGCCACCAAUCAUUUCAAUAGAUAUUUAUUCUUGGUAUUCGGUUAUAUUUCUCUCGUCAUGAUURCAUACGUAAAACACACUUUGGACUAUUUCUCAAUAUACUUUUGCGCCUACAUAACCUUCUACCAGUUGGAGAACGCGAUCUCGUGCGGCUUUGUUGUAUUCGUUUCAGCGCUACUGCAUCUGCUCACGGAGCGCUUUCAGUACGUAAAUCAGCUGAUAGAGCAAUACAGCAGCAAAAAUUUACUAAAGAAACGGUAUCCCUUUCCGAACACAAGGUCGGUUUYAAUCUUCGACAGAGAUGCAAACACGCACGAUGAUGUCAAUUUGAGAAUGUUUGCGCAGAAUUCAGCGAKGAUUUAUAGUUUGUACAUCGAUUUGCUGGAUAUUUACAAGAUGGUCAAUAAAUAUGCCGGUUUGGGUCUCUUGAUGUUUUUACUGUACGCCUGCUAUGGCUUAUUGUCCUGCGCCUACGAUUGCUUCGUGUGCGAAUGGCAAACGAGCGGYGAUUUGUAUUAUGGCAUCUGGACAUUCUCUUGGAUACCUCUUUAUGCGGGAAUUCUAAUACUCUUGGCAWCUAAUUGCGCGAAGGCUACAAGUCAGGUUGGUAGUGGUUGGAAAUCUCGUAAAGUACUCUUAGCAUCUAAAUCAUUUCGCACAACGAAGUUUCCGGCGGUGAAGUGCUUAAAGAAAAUGAAAAUCGUAAAGGAUAUGAAAUAUGUAAACUUCGCUGGUCAAGUUUUCGGUCUUGUGCCAUUCUACGAAGUCAAACRCGGCGAGCUGAGAAUAUUUAUAAUGUCACUGGCCGUCAGCUGGAUUGUGCUUAACAGCGGUAGCGGCUUUUCGGUAUUUCGCAAUUUGGAAGGCUCYGACCAAACCACCGAGGCGUUCUUUUGCCUUAUAAGCUGCAACAUCAUUAUCUUCGUUUCGUCGACGAACAGUCGAUGCUAUUGUGGCGUCAUGCAGGAAAUCGGUACGAUGGACGUAGAUCUGGUAGCUAAGGGCUUCACCGCAGCCUACUCCUGUCAUUUGCUAACGGGUUUCCUGGUCAUAACCGCAGCGGGUUUACUGUACACCGCCUAUUAUUAUAUGAACUUGCUGAGCGAUGAUUUUCAUUUCCAUCAAGCCAUUUUGCUCGGCAUUUACAGCCUGCAAUURCUGAUAUCGAAUUUGUACGCGAUUUGCUUACGCGUUUUGCUCGGCAAUUUAAGCCAACGUAUCGACUUCGUUAAYGUCCAGUUGGAAAUAAGUACGAAAAGUGAUCUGGCUGUGGAAAGCAACUGGCGACAGAUGAGCUAUCACAUCGAGAAGCUCUGCAAGUACCGUUACAUCAUAGAUAAAAUCAACAAGAAUGGCGGCAUAUCAUUGCUUUCCUACAUGGCUGUCGCGUUCUAUAUUUUGACCAAGCAAUCCUACAUGGCGUUCAUGACCGUAGUACAACCCAUGGGCUUUGAGGAGAGAUAUGACAUUUUGGGAUUAUCUAGUCCGGCUGCCGUCUUCACUCUUUACUCGCGUAAACAACAGACCGCUUCUACAAAAAUGUGGACUAAACGACGCGUCUCCUCCUACAAAAAUGUGACCAACAUAAAAGUUCGYAAAGCACCAGAGCCCAGCCCGUCUUCAAUACUGGCAAGUAUYAAGUGGAAUGUACUGAUUUUGAAGUUAGUUGGUUUGGUGCCAUUCUAUACGACACCAAACUCUGAUGAGAUCGCCGCACCCAAAGGACUGCCGAAGCACAUCACUCAGGCCAUCUUUUGCGCUAAAACGGCGAUGCAUCUGCUUCAUGUCUACGCCUUUUCGUCGCCCUUCAUUAUGCAAAAACUGCUGCAGCGAGGCAAAACGCAAGGCAUUGCGAACACACUUAGCGUCUGCUUCUGCAUCUUCGGCGAUGUUGUCAUUAGYUGGUCAUGCGCUGGCAACGGCACCAAAAUAAUCGCGAUAAUUAACGGAUUUCUGAAAAUCGAUCGACGACUCGGACAACUGGCCCCACCGCUCGCACAGCAUCAACAAACUGAAAAUGCGUUCAAUAUGUGUUUGUUGUUGCUAUUUGGCUAUCUCUGCGCAAUAACAAUACCGAUGGCGAAAUGUUUCUACGGCACUCUGUCCGCCCACUUAUUUCUGGGUAUUUCGUUCUUCCAGGUGGAAAACUUCACCUCGUGUGUGUUUGUGCUAUUCAUUGCAUCGCUGCUGCAUCAGCUUGCCUUGCGCCUUCAGCAAACCAACAAGUURAUAGCUCAAUACGGUGUGGAGGACGCAGCAGCGCCRGCACACGAUCUGCAGAAUUUCGCACGAAAUUCCACAACAUUUUACAGUUUGCAUAACGAGCUGUUGGACUUGCUGCAAUUGAUCAACAAAUUCGCCGGUCUGGGUCUGGUGGCAUUCCUCCUGUAUGCCUGCGCCGGUUUGCUGACCUUCACUUAUGCCUGCACUUUGUACGAUUCGCGCAAUGGUGAUGACUGGUUCAAUAUACUGUGGAACUUAUCCUGGAUUCUGAACUUCGCGACCGUUUUGAUCUUAUUGGCGUUUCGUUGUGACUGCGUCACCAAAGAGGCCAAUAACACAGGGCAGAUACUUGCGCGCGUUUACGCCAAGGGCAAGAACUAUCAAGAUAUCGUGGAUAAGUUUUUGUCGAAGAGCAUUAAGCAGGAAGUGCAGUUCACCGCUUAUGGCUUUUUCGCUAUUGACAACACAACACUAUUCAAGAUCUUCUCUGCGGUCACCACUUACCUGGUAAUAUUGAUUCAAUUCAAGCAGUUGGAGGAUUCAAAGGCCGCAGAGUAG